AGCUCUUGAUAAAGACUCAGCAAAAGUGUUCACUCAUUUACUAGAGGAAGAAAGUUACCCUCAUUUUGAAUCACGAGUAAUGUUAGCGGGCGAGCCGGGAACUGGAAAAACAACAAUAGCUCGAUAUCUGGUUGGCAAGGGACCAACGAGUGUGCGAAAAUCCACUGACGGGAUCGGUCUAUAUACAGGCUUGUCGUAUAUGGACAGAGAAACGGAGAUAUGGUUGAAUGGCAAACAAGAUUUCUCUUUAGCAGACUUAACCAUCAGCAGGUCGUUAAGACAGAAACCACUUGGUCUUCCAAUUAGCAGUCAUUCAACUGAAUUGUACACUGAUUUAACCAAAAAGCAUGAUAAGAGUCCGACAUCAAGUGCCUCUGUUCGAUUUAACGAACAACAAGUAGUCGAUAAGGAUAGAUAUAAAAUGCCACGUGUUCCAACCGAAAAGUAUGCAAGCAGAUUAAGAGAACAAGGAAAUGUCAAUAAACCAACGAAACGUAUCCCAGACGACAAAGCAAUCACAAAUGUUUCUCUUGAUUUGUAUAAACACCAAGGUGAUCCAAAUGAAAACGAAAUACCAGUGCAAAAACAACACGGCCACCCUCAAGACGAAACACAAUUACCGAAUAUCCCUCUUGAUUUAGAUAAAACAAUAUAUGAUUCCAAAGACAAAAAACAAGUGCCUAAAGCUUAUUUUGAUCGAGACAAACAACAAGAUGAUCAUGAAAUGCUAGUUCUUAAUGUGCCACUGGAUCUAAAUAAACAACAAGAUCAUCGGCAGGACAAAGGACCUGUGCCAAAAGUCCUUCUUGAUGCAGAUACACAACAUGGUCAUUAUUUAGACGAAAUACCAAUACCAAAUGUCCUAUUUGAUUCAGAUACACCACCGAGGGUCUCAAAGGACAAAGAUAAAUUUCAAAAUCAACCGUUAUGUUUACAUGAACAAGAAGAAUAUAAUAAAGAUGACAGACCAAUGCCAAAUUUCAUUUUUACUGAAGAAAAGCAAAACGAAAUGUUGCAAUACGACAUACUGAUAAAUAUUUUGUCUGAUAUAGAUAGUCAACACAGAGAUCUUCACAACAACAAGGCAAUGGCAAAUUUAUUACAAAACUUAAAAGAUUCUUCGGAGUUUCAAAAGAAGUGA